GCCGCCCGAGGCGGCUUCUUUGCCGUGUCGCCGCAGUCAUCGCCACUGGCAAGCCUAGGUGCGGCGGUGCAUGUCAGGGAGGCGCCGCAGCCGCCCUUCCCAGAGGUUCCAAGCUGUUGGGUCGCGCGAGUCCGCCGCUCCAAGACCGUUGAGGUCCCCCGGGGUCCUCGCGUACAGCUGCCUCCGGGAGCCAUUCCCAUUCCAGAGCGGAAGGCGUGCAUCUUGAGAACGAGAACUGCAAUGCCUGUUCGUCAGAAGGAGGCGUCGUCCACUUUGUUGGGCCGUCUCAGUCUUUACUGA